UGACGUCAUAGUCUCGCGAGGAUUUGUGACGUCGGGAAUCCGGAAGAAUACGAGGAAUUGGAGAUUAGCGGCUGCGGGGAACGUUCAAACAGCGAUCCGAUAUUGCCGGCUACGUUAAAUCGUAAAAUCGGGGCUGUCCCGCAUAAAGCGGGAUUUUUGGGCGGUACGAAAUAGGAAAGGAGAUCUCUAAGCUAUAUGCCAUGACCGAUAACACAGAAAUACUGUCAACAAGUUCAUAUACUGACCAGCAUUUCUGAAUCCACAUAGCAAACGCAGGAUGGCAUUUGCAGGCCAAGAUAAACGGUAUGCUCCAUCCUUACUAAGUUUCUUCAUAUAUAAUCCAAAGUUUGGUCCAAGAGAAGGAGAAGAAGAAAAAAAGAUUCUCUUUUACCACCCGAACGAAGUAGAAAAAAAUGAAAAAAUUAGAAAUGUCGGCUUAUGUGAAGCAAUUGUGCAGUUUACCAGAACCUUCAAUCCAACAAAACCUGCUAAAUCUUUACAUACUCAAAAAAACAGACAGUUCUUCCAUGAGCCAGAAGAGGGGUUUUGGAUGGUUAUGGUGGUGAAAAAUCCAGUCGCAGAGAAGCAAAAGGAAGGCAAAACAGUGUUGGAAUACCAAGAAGAUGAGUUAUUAGAUAAAGUUUACUCCUCAGUGCUGCAACAGUGUUACAGAAUGUUCAAGCUGUUUAAUGGCACCUUCAGCAGGGCAAUGGAAGUUGGGCAGGUAGAGCUGCUAAAGGACAGGCUGGAGAAGUUCUUUCAUCGGUAUUUGCAGACGUUACAUUUGCAUUCCUGUGACCUCCUCGAUGUCUUUGGCGGCAUCAGCUUCUUUCCAUUGGAUAAGAUGACGUACCUUAAAAUCCAAUCAUUUAUCAACAGAAUAGAAGAGAGUCUUAACAUAGUGAAAUACACCGCUUUUUUAUACAACGACCAGCUUAUAUGGAGCGGUUUAGAACAAGAAGAUAUGAGAAUUCUGUAUAAAUACCUCACUACUACACUGUUCCCUAGGUAUACAGAACCUGAGCUAGCUGGUAGAGAUUCACCCAUUCGACCUGAAAUGCCAGGGAAUUUACAGCAUUAUGGAAGGUUUCUCACUGGACCCUUGAAUCUCAGUGAUCCUGAAGUCAAAUUUAGGUUUCCAAAAAUCUUUGUGAACACAGAGGACUCUUGUGAGGAACUUCAUCUGAUUGUUUACAAGGCUAUGAGUGCAUCUGUGUGCUUCAUGAUUGACGCGUCUGUGCAGCUAACAGUGGAUUUCUGUCGAAAACUCGACAGCCUUGUUGGACCUCAGCUUACAGUGUUGGCGUCCGAUAUAUGUGAGCAAUACAAUAUCAACCGACGGACAUCGGGGUCUGAAAAGGAACCACAAUUUAAAUUUAUUUAUUUCAACCAUAUGAAUCUAGCAGAGAAAAGUACAAUCCACCUGCGAAAAACACCAAAUAUGUCACUGACCUCUGUGCAACCAGAACUAAUGAAGAUUCUAGGAGACAUAAACAGCGAUUUUACAAGGGUGGAUGAAGAUGAAGAGAUCAUAGUAAAAGCUAUGAGCGAUUACUGGGUUGUAGGUAAAAAGUCUGACCAGCGAGAAUUAUACGUCAUAUUGAACCAGAAAAACUCCAAUCUCAUUGAAGUAAAUGAAGAAAUCAAGAAACUCUGUGCGACCCAGUUCAGUAAUAUAUUUUUCCUGGAUUAACAUGCACACGUUCAGCAGCAGCAGGUUGGCCCGCAGCAUUUCCCAAAAUGGCCCGCAGCAGCCUUUUUGUGUUCCAUGGACAGAAUAUCAGUCAUAUUAUUGACUGGAAUGACUGUUGUAAGGCAAUACUUGCCUUGUAAGACUCGCAUUUCUAUCCGUAGGUUCAACGAGCAGACCGUUUUUAGUUUUUAAUUAUUUAUGUGAACUCUCGCAGAGGUCUCCACGCUAAAAUGGCUGUACCAUUUCAUUUCUGUUACUUUAAUAUAUGACUGGAAAGAAUAAAUCCACUAACCAUUGUUAUACUUUUAA